UAUGACAUAUGAGGCAAUCUCACCAACUUUCAGCAAAUGUGGGUUGACUCUUGACUUUUGACGGAAGGAAACUUAGGGAAUUUAAAAAAAAAAAUUUUAGUGUCAGAACUUGGAGAAGUGAAAGCCAAAAUGGUGGCCGUACUGGCUGGCUGACGCUUCCACUUUCUUAGGUGGCCGACAUGCUCAAAGGGAAGACAAAAAAUGGUAGGACAACGGUUUGUCUAAAAGAUCAAAACUCUUGAUAAUGAUAUCAUGAAAUCGAGUAUUGAAUGUAGCAAAUUUCACAGGUGUUGGUUUGAAAUUGGAGGAGUUAAGUGUGAAAACAGUGGCAAAAAAGGAUACGAAAGUAAACAUGGGAAAAGCAAAUUUAAAAAUUAAGGGUAUAGCACGAGGAACAAUGGCAUGUUGAUGUUAAAGUAUUCAAUGUAGAAUUCAGAAAUGCCAAUUGCAAUGAAUGUGUAAAAUCCAAAGAAAGAAUCCAAAAUGAACAGUUUUUUGGAUUUGGAAUUAAAUGUGAGCAUGAGAUAUGCGUGAUGCGUGUUGCACACUUGCUUGAAGACAGCGUCAUUAGUAACGUUACCUCAGAGCAAUGGUGCUUUGGUCUGUCGAUCAUAAAUAGACACACACACCCACAGAGGCACAGUCGCACAGACGCAGACACUCUCCUUCUCUCUCGUGCAUAAACAAAUAAGGAAGAAGAUUGGAUCUUUUAGUUCAGUUUACGAGGGAAAUCGAAACAAAGAAGAAAUCAAGGAAAAAGCAAAAAAAAAAAAAACAUUCCUUGUUGUUUCAAAAGAGUUGAGCCAUUGAGGAGAUUAGAGAAAGAAAGAAGCAGAAGGAAAACAGAGUUGGAAGAAAGAAUGUUUGCAGCGGAGAACGGACUCAAAGGAGACCCAAGGCUACAAGCCAUAUCUGACGCCAUUAGGGUGGUUCCUCACUUUCCAAAACAAGGGAUUAUGUUCCAAGACAUAACAACGUUGUUGCUGGAUCACAAGGCGUUCAAGGAUACCGUCGACAUCUUCGUCGAUCGCUACAGAGACAUGGAUAUCUCCGUCGUUGCUGGAGUGGAAGCUAGAGGAUUCAUGUUUGGUCCAUCAAUUGCCUUAGCCAUUGGUGCAAAGUUUGUUCCACUUCGAAAACCCAAAAAGUUGCCAGGUGAAGUGAUUGCUGAAGCUUAUGAGCUGGAGUAUGGAAGUGACUGUUUGGAGAUGCACGUUGGUGCUGUUAAGCAAGGGGAACGUGCUAUAGUAAUUGAUGAUUUGGUAGCAACAGGUGGAACUCUGUCUGCAGCCAUAAGACUCUUAGAACGCGUUGGUGCUCAUGUGGUUGAAUGCGCUUGUGUUAUCGGACUCCGCGAGGCCAAGGGACAAUGUAGGCUUAAUGGAAAGCCACUUUAUAUUCUUGUGGAGCCACGCGAAGUAGAUGGCUGUUAUUAAGGUGGUAUUAUUGGUACAUCUUCUAAAGCAAGAAUUGUAUGAUUCUUUUUUUUUUCUUGUGAGAUUUGUGGAUGUUUUUCCUAGGGUUGAAAAUUAUGUUUUCAUCCACAAAUUGUGAACAAAGCACCAAUGAAGAAAUGCUGUUUCUCCAUAUUUUGUUAGUUUCUAUUUAACCAUGAUUCCGAGACUCACAAUAUAUAUGACACACAAACUCUU